CAUUUUUGGUAGACCCUGUAUAUGUAUAGAGUUUUUCUAAGAAAAAAAUUCGAUUUUUUGAAACGACCAAAGCGGUAUAACCCCUUAAAUGAAUAUAUGUAACUCCUAAAUGAAACGUGAUGGAGAAUUACGGUUCGUGACAUUGUCUUUCUGAUGAAUUAUAUUAAAUAAAAACACGUGGCGCCAUGGAUAUCGUAAUCGUGGCGCAGUGUACAUCAGCGCAUAUUGAAUAAAAGCAAGAGAAUCGACAAGAUUAAAGGGAGAGUCAUCGAACGUGGUUGCCUUAUAAUUUAUAGUCACAGUAACCUUGACCUUCCUCGAUGGACGUGCCCCUUUUUCCAGCGCCGCCAAGCCUCAAGGGUGCAAGCUCACCUCUUAGUGAUGUAGUAGAUAUCACAAGGUUGACACGUGUUUCGCUCCCCACGGUUGGCUGUCCUUCGAAACGACAUGUACCAAAAUCGCGACGCACUUCGGGGAUCCACAGGAUACAACGUUGCGCUCGCAAGAAUUUGGUCUGUCCCAACUCGAGGGACCAGAUCCACCAACGUGUCACCGAAUUUCGCAUAACGAUGACAGAACGAGAACGGCACAACGAAGAGGACGACGAUGACGUUGUAUGUGCCAUCGAAUCGACGACGCCAGUUUCAGAAGACAUUCCAACACGACUCGAAACAGUAGUGGAGCCUAAGAAAUUAACAAAAUCAAUAGCUAUUCAAACUAUAGUUGGUUUACCAUUACGGCUGAGAUUUUUGCCAUCCGUCAAAGACAUUUUCGAGGAAAAUGGCUCAGGGAAGAAAUCUACCAAAAUAUGGAAGCAUAUUCGGUUCCUAGGAAGAUUAUCGCUGUCUCUAUUUGGCUUAUCAUGGCUGCUCACCAUUUGGGCUGUUGUUGGAGCAUUCGCCUUUUGCGCAACUGAAGGCCCACGUGAGCGUGAACAAGUUGUAAAAUUAAAGUACAUGCAGAAGAAUUUAGCGGUUGGUUUAGCAACAGAGUUGAGACAGUUGCGCACAGAGCAGAAUGAAGACGUAGAGCCACUUUGGAGCAACAAGGUGCAACAGUACGUAGCAAAGCAUGAAGAAGUUCUGUUGAUGGCUGUUAGUGCUGGAUAUGGAGAAAGUGGAAACGCAGGACAACUUUGGACGUUUCCUGGCUGUAUACUCUUUUCCAUCUCACUUCUUACAACGUUAGGUUUCGGUGCCCCAGUUCCACGCACUACGGCUGGUCGAACAGUAACUGUAAUUUUUGCAGCGAUUGGUAUACCUGCACAUUUUCUUUUGGUUCUGAACCUUAGUCUUAUAUUAGCAUUACGAUUCCAGAAAUAUGCUAUAUCCAGGAACACUACUGGAUAUGAUAAAACAGAGGCGCACUUGGUGCCAAUGCCUAAGUGGCUUAAAGUAGUGCCUUUCGUUUGGGGAGGCAGUUACUAUCUCCUGGGAAUUCUGUGUUUUGGAGUGGCCAGGUCAAGGCCAAUCGCAGCAAGUGUUCUGUUUCCACUGGAUUUCACCGCAGCUGGUGGACUUUCAACUAUAGUUGGUUAUGUGCGAAUAUUGUACGGAUUUUAUUUAGAAGGCGCAGUCGCUAUCGCGGCUAUCGCUCUUGCUGUCUUGCGUGUGUCUACUACGCAGACCUGGACUGGCAUCGGUUUGAAAUAUAACUUACUGGUCGAAGCUUAAUUAUAUUUUUAGUUUUAAUCUUUUUUGCUUAUAGUAUACGAGAAAUCUAUAUGAGUGAGAGAUAUCAGUUAUCUCUUAUAUAUACGUUCAAUCGAUCAGAUGAUCAUGUAAACACUUAUUAGCAUUCAGCCUGUAUCCUUAAAUAGGAACACUCACAUAACAAUUAUUAAUAGACUGCGAAUCUUUAUGCAAAAUAAAACCUUUGUAAACGUACCUACAACAAUUGAAUAGAAAUAGGAAUUUAUGUUACUCUGGAAAUAUAACAUGAACUUUACUUUAAAUAUUUUUUUAUAUUAUUGCAUACUGCCUGCAUUUUGUAAUUUAUUGCACAUUCAAAUUUCCUAUAAAUGCAUAAAAAUCCGUAGUCUAAUUAUCAGUAUACAAUGCGUUGUCAAUGAAAACAUUAAAUACUAUUGCUGUGAAAUAAAUUAAUACUACAUUUUUUAAAUUGUAAAGAAAAACUAUGCUCAGAAUUAGAUACUUGAAUUUAAUAUAAUUUAGUUUGAAAUUGAUUUCUUCUGAUGCUAUUUUAUAAAUUAGAUUUUUACCUUCUUAUUUCUAAUAAAUAAGAUAUUUAAGGUAAUCACUAUUUAUUAAUGUAAAGCAAUGAAUUUAAUAAAAUAUUUUGUAUUUAUGUAUAUAAUGUGAAAUUGUAUCAUUACGCUUUGUACUAUAUUUUAGGACUAUGUAUCUGAUCAAAUAAAGUGUCAUAAAUAGAGGUUUUAUAAUUCUUCUUCUAUCUUCUUGAUUUGUUUAAAAUUACAUGAUCUUAUUAAAUUGUUGGUUUUAAUCAAAUUUUUCAUUUCAUAAAAAUUGUUGAUUCUACUGCACCUGUCCUAGAUGCGGAAAGAGAGAUAAAACCUCCCUGCAUGUGAUUACGCGGUGUAAGGAGGUAGAGGACACCAAAGUGGAGAUCCUCGGGGCCCAACACCUGGAGUCUACUAAUUUAGUUGAGUUAUGGAUUGAUAAACUUCUACGCUUUGCGAAUAAGGCCGGCCUUUCCCUAUCUUAUAGGUAACCUCUGGCCGUAUGGACCCGAGUACAAUGGUCCAUUGAGAUUGAGCGUUCGGUCAGACUACCAAAUCACAUACAUACAUUUCAUUAAAAUUCUUCGUUUUAUAAAUUAAAUCACAAUUAUGUAUUAAAUUUAAAGCCCCAAUUAAUUUCAUGAAUGUUUACUUGAAAUUUUGCACAAUUAUUUUUC